AUGCGCAGACUGUUGACAUGCUGGACGUCAGUGGCUGUGGGGGCUGGCAUGGGCCUGGCCGCCGCUGGGCAGUGUGACGGGGGACUGACAAUCCACGCCACCACAACCAAGACCGAGACCGCAACGCCCUCGCUUCCCGACGUUGACCUGAAGGUGGCGCCCCCCGCCGCCCACGCCGCCACCUCCUCUCCCAUUGCCACCGGCCCCGACGGACCCGCAUCGCCCCUCCGUCUGCAGCUGGUCCUCGCGGUCACGCGCCACGGGCUGCGGACGCCGUUGUCAUCGACGGACCAGCGGAACGAGUGGCGGUGCGAGCACGACCAGCUGCUGGUGCAGCACUACGCCGAUGCCGACGACGCCCUCCGCCUGACUCACUCGGACGAACCCCUGCCGGACCACGUCCCCGCCAACCUGCUCACCCGCCGCAAGCUCCUCCACGGUCGCCAGAAGCUCCGCGGCAACUGCCACGUGGGCCAGUUGACGCACCUGGGCCUGGAGCAGCUGCGCCGCAUCGGGGAGCUGCUGCGCGAGCGCUACGUGGACGAGCUGCGGGUGCUGCCGCCCGUGUUCGACGCGCGCACCGUGUUCGUGCGGUCCACCGAUACCAACCGCACCAUCGAGUCCGCACAGAGCCUCCUGUGGGGCCUCUACCCGCCUUCCACCCGCCCGCACGGACGCGAGGGCGUGAUGGAUGUGAACAUCGUGGAGGAGCGGCCGAGAACAUGUACCCGCGGUCGGCACGCACGAGCCACUCCCGACUACCUCAAGCACCGCGAGGACCGCCAGCCCUUCCAGGCAUCCACCACCACCACCACCACCACCACCUCCGAUAAGGUCGAGGCGGCGCUCGGCCGCAAGGUCAACAGCUGGGACGGCCUCAACAGCACCCUUCAGACCAUCAUCCGGCACCGGUUGCUGCUGCCCGACGGCGUGGACCAGGAUAUCGUGGACGGCGUCGAGAGCGAGGCCGGCUACGAGACUGCCGUCAAGUUCUCCAGCCCCGAGAUCUGCAGGCUCGCGAUCGGCCGCUUCAUCGGGGACGUGGUGGAUCGGGUGCAGACGACGGUGGACGGCGAGGACGACGUACGCUUCGCCCUCUACUCGGGCCACGACAACACCCUCUCCCCCUUCCUCUCGGCCUUCAACGUAUUCGACGCCCGCCAGCCGCCCAUGGCCUCCGUGAUUGUGCUGGAGGUCUACAAGGACGCGAAGGACAAGCACUGGGUGCGAUUCCUCUACAACGGGGAGGAGAUGGUGGUGCAGGCGCCGGCCAAAGGAGCAGGCGCUGAGAAAGGCGAGCUGGAGCCGCUGACGCAGCGCUACCCGGUGGCGGUGGUGCGCGACGCGGGCGAGGCCGGUGAGCGGCGGGAAGCGAUCGCCUUGGCGCCGCACGAACGGUGGCGCGAGCUGGCCACAAGCCUCAUCCCGAUCGACUACGACGCCGAGUGCAAGGAGAGCGCACCCCUCGCCUGA